AUGAAUUCAAAAUCUUUAAUCAAUCCCAAUUACGAUUUAAUUCAAUACAAAAAAAUUAGUGAAAAAUAUGAGAACAAUUCUUUAACAUAUUUGGAACAAUAUUAUACAAAAUAUUUCCUUAUUGAUUCAAAUGAAAACACAACUGAAGAUUUAUAUAUUUAUCAAGCUCCUAAUAAGUUACUAUUUUUUAAAAACAUUUUACGUUUGUCACCAACGCACCCUUUAUUACAAUCAUCUCAAAAAGUGAAAUCAAUAAAAUUUGAUGAAAAAAUAUCUCAAUCGAUUAAUAAGAAAAAACAAAUCCCUCUUGAAAUAAAACGUGAAAUUUGCGUUAUUACGACAGAAGACGACAAAAAGUAUAGUAUUAAAGCAGGUGUUGUUGGCUGGGUAAUUGAUUUUAAUAUGAGACUUGUCAAAGAAUAUGAUUUGUUGCAGCAGAAGCCGUUUACGGAGGGUUAUAUUGCAAUAAUAAAACCAAAGCAGGAUGACCCACGAAAAGCAUUGAAUCAUUGUAUAGUUGAAAAGAAAUACAAAGAUAUUAGAACAUUAGAUUAA